CAAAAUUCAUUUCUCUCGUUAAGUAUCGCAGCGGCAAUCCGCUUUAUUUAUAUACACGUAAUGUUUCGGUCAAUUCUCAUCACAUAACUGAGCGUCAUCAUUACGAAUUACCACAUGAAGGCCGAUAGAACAAUCAACUCGAAAUAUCGAACAAAAAGUAUCAGUCUGAAACCGUCAUUUGCGAGAAAGUAUAGGCGCGGUAGCUUUAUUAUUCGCAUAAAUUUGCGUGAUUAGCAAUGGUACUUAAGCUUUUUUAUGACGACGUGUGUCCGACUAGUCGUGCCGUACUUUUGACUGUGAGAGCAUUGGACUUGGCAAUUGACCUGCAGGAAGUGAAUUUUUUUAGUAAGGAACAAAACUCAGAAUUAAUUAAGUUAAAUCCUUUGGAGAGGCUUCCAACUUUAGUUGAUGAUGAAUUAGUAAUAAGCGACGGACACGCGAUUUGCGCGUAUCUUGUAGCAAAAUUUGGAUCUAACUCGAACUUAUACCCCCAAGAAUUAAACAAGCGAGCGGUGGUUGACGAGAAAUUAUAUUUUAAUUCCAACGUGCUUCUUCCACGACUAGAUCAUUUACUGUUUCCGAUAUUGUUAUUUGGUGUCAAAGAAAUACCGAAGGAGAAACUGUACGCGUUGAAAGAAGGGUAUCAAAUUUUGGACACGUUCCUCGAACGGGGGCCAUUUUUAUUGGGAGAAACAGUUACAAUUGCAGAUUUCUGUUGUGUGUCAUCAAUUAGUACAUCCAGUAUACUGUUACCGGUAUCUUCAGAGAUGUACCCUACACUGUUUAAGUGGUAUCAAAAGUGCAAAGCCCUACCAUACUAUGAUAAGGCCAAUGGGGUUGGGUUAAAUAAAGCCGACACUCUCAUCCAAAAUAAACUUGGAGGCGCUUACUGCAAGAUAAUUAGUUGAGGGCAAAUAUUGCGCUACUGCAAUGCUUAUGGGUUUUUUUACUUAUUUAUGCAUGAAUUAUGGGCAUGUUCCGUGUGUGGUGAACGGGAAAACGUGCGUCACUCAUAAUAAUUUAUGUCUAUGAGGAUGUGCAUUACUUACACGCUGUUUUUUUGUGUACCUACUACAUUCAAAAUGUCGAUAUCUGUGUCUCAUUAAACGCCUGAAGGGCAA